CCGUGGUUUCACGAACAGGCUCCUUCGCGUUUUGAUUUCUUGAUUUGCCGAUCCCCAUCCCCUUCUUGUUUGUUCCUCGUGUAGCAUAGACGACCUUUUUUAGUUUCCCCUCUUCUGUGUAUAAAAAAGGAAUUUCCCAAGCGAGUAUUUAAUGCGUUUUACCGUUUCUGCACAGACUUAGUAGGGUCGGUUUUGAAAGAGUAAAAGAGAACGCAUCGGCUGGUUGACAACUGCGACAGUGUAUCCAUAAAAAAUUAGACAACGCAAACUUUCAUCAUGAUGAUGGAUUAUUAGCUGGAGCUCGCAUGAGUUGUCACCUGAAAGUUAUUCUUGAUUUAUCCUCAGGUACUUCUACUUGCUUCAUGCUCAAAAUCCUUCUUCCCCAGCAUUUUUAUUUUUUUAUCUUCAACUACAGCAAUAUUGGUUUAAACAUAAUUUUGUACUACAAAAAGUGUACCAAAAUACGAAUGUGCGUUGACCAAUACCCUUACGCAUCCAAGUACCAUUUACAAAACCACUUAAAUCGGUACCAACGAGCUCUCCCGAAAUAAAACGAUCGACGAUCCACCAUGGCUCCGUCCGACACCUCUCCCGCUGCGGACACGACGAGCAACAUGCAACAACCCGGCUCUGUUUCCGCUCAAGUUUUGUCUGAGCUGGCCGACGUGGGUGUCCUGGUGCCACAAAUUUUGUGCCCGAAUCCGGAAACGGUUGACCUGGAAAAAUGGGCUGUUAUAGCGUGCGACCAGUACUCGGCGGAGCGGAGCUACUGGGACCGGGUCGCAAAAAAUGUCGGGGACGCGCCGUCAUCGCUGCAUUUGAUCUACCCCGAGGCCUAUCUGUCGGACCAAAAAGACGACUACCAGUACGGAAGGGAAAUUUUGACUCAUCGAGCUAACUCUUAUUUGCGAGGCAAGCUGCACGAAGUUCAACUUCAAUCUACAAUAGCGUCGAACGCAGUCGCUGUUGCAAAUCAAGACGAAACUACCUGCGUCUCUGUCUUUGCUAAUCGCCUCGCAGUGUUAGGAGUGCAGCUCAUUGGAUACAAACAAAUUGAGGAGUGAGCCUAGUCUGAGUCAAAAUUUUGUUCGCAUACCUGCUUGCGUCGCAUUCGGCACUACAUGAAGCAGUACCUAGCCGGAUUUGAAGGAGUAUUGGGUGCCACCGGUACUAGUCCACCUUCUUCUUUGAAAACGAAACCGGUCGACGAGGAGGUCAACAGCGACGUACCAGCAACAGCACAAGCUGCAGCCACUUCCACUUGCGAAAAUGACGGGUCCUUCCAAACCCCGAAAAAAUCGCAAGCUGGGGCGGCAGCGGAUCUGGACAAUUUUCCAUCUCCUGGCGGUCUUUUUGAUUCCUACCUCGGUUUCAUGUUGGUCGAACGGGAGCUACAGAAAAAAGGAAGCAACGAGCAAGGACCAGUGCCCCGUCGGGGCAUACUCCUCGCCUUGGACUUAGAGCAAUACGACUACAGCCUGCAUUCCACAUCCCUCAUCCGCGCCACGGAAAAAACAGUGGUGGAACGGCUGCCGGGUACGACAUGCGAAGGUUUGAGUUGAGUGGUCGUAGAUUAGCUGCUGGGCGUACUAUUUACCGGGAGAAUUUCUAUUUUCUGAUAUGUAGUGGCUUGCAUUUAUAUGUAUUUUGAUUUUAUUCGAUUUUUUCAACAACAUUUCGGUGUUUCCAUCUCGGGAACAAGCAUGACAACCUCGUGCUGCGACUUGACUCCAAACUUUCCUGCAACACUGCUCCGCACGAAAAUUCGCGAAAGCGCGCUGUUAGAACUCCCCCACAUAGUCAUCCUGGUGGACGAUGCGGAUGACGAGCUGCUGGGCCCGAUGUUCGAAAAGAACCAAGAAAAAAAACCUGAUUACAAGAUCGAUUUGAUGGAGAACGGCGGGAAGAUUUGCGGGUGGCGCGUUCCGCUGGAGGAUGAGACCAGCAUGCUCCACGUGGCGCGGACCUUAGCCCGACUGCGCGAUGUGGACCGGUCCGCGUCCGGCGAGGAGGGAGAUACUUCGGGCAAGAAGAACCCCACCGGAACGACCAGUCCGCAACUGGGCUUCUCCCCCACUACUUCUGAGGCCAAGCGGAAAAACAUGCUCUUCGCGGUGGGAGACGGUAAUCACAGCCUCGCAGCGGCGAAGUGCGUCUGGGAAAGCGUGAAAACACAGCACCGCAUGACGGCCGAGCAGUCGGCGCGACAUCCCGCGCGGUACGCACUGGUGGAAGUGCAGAACAUCCACGACAGCGCCAUCGCGUUUGAGCCCAUCCACAGACUCGUGUUCGACGCAAAGCCCACGGAGUUGCUGAAUCGCCUGCGGAAGUAUUGUGAACUCAGCGAGCGCCGCGCGCGAAAUAUGGCGGGUUCCUCCCCGGGAGGAGGAAAAGUCGAUACUAGCGGCUCUUCGCUUUGCAGAUUUCUCUCCUUCACGUCUUUAACCGCUGCUGCACAGGCAAUUUUAUCUGGAGAGGAACAUGCUGCCGGCGGUGAAGCAGAUGGAACUCCAGCACCCGCGGAGGAGGAAGCGGAAGCAGUCCCUGCUGCUGACGAUAACGGAGAAGAGGUAGGAGACGUUUCAGGCAGUGGCGAGCCGGAGGCGAGUGAACUACAAGCAGAAAAAGACGUCGCAGCUUCCGCGGCACCGACUACCGUGUUAACCGCUCCCUCCCAGAAGUUCGAGUUCCAGCUGGUCGCUACCGACGCAGACAACUGCGGAACUAUCGUCAUUCAGGUGGAAGGCGCGAACAGCAAAAACAUGAGUGCCGUCGGGUUUUUGCAAACGUUCCUCGACGAAAACCCGGACUGGGAAUUGGAAUACGUGCAUGGAGAAGACGCCUUGCGCAGGCUCGUGGAGGCGAGCACCGCGACGAAGAGUCCGAAAGCGUCGUCCACUGGCGAGAAUGAAGACUUACCUGAGACUGCCGCGUCGCCAGUUGCAGCACCUGCAACCUCGAAGAGGAUGUGCUGCGGGCUUCUGUUACCCGCGAUCAAGAGCAAGACGGCCUUGUUCCAGAGCGUAAAUCGAUUCGGGACGCUUCCGCGGAAAUCCUUUUCCAUGGGUGAGGCGGACGACAAGCGGUUUUACGUCGAGGCGCGGCGGAUCCAGUUGCCCCAAUCGGUCCCGCCGUACCAAUCACCGCCGAAAUCGCCGCCGGCUUGGCAUCGGCACCACUGAGGGAAAACUACCUGCGCACUGUGAAGAUGGAGAACAGCCGCUAUCUUUUUUUUCUUUACACAAGUAGAGCAAAUCAGGUUUAUUCAUUUUUUUCUGGGCAGGCACUAUUUCGCUUAAACAUAGUCCCACAAGAGCCUCUCCUAAAGGGAUCUUCGCGCUGACGUGGUACACUUUUUCAUCUAUGGAUGCGGUGGGAGUCAGACACGAGAACAGAAGCUACAUUUCAUUCUCAAGCUUCUGGCAAAACAAAAAGAGUAGGCUACUUUCUUGAUUCAUACGGCUACUCGUGUUGUGCCCUUGCACAGAAAUGCGCUCUUCCAAGUGGAAGAGCGAUCGCC